AAUGGAGAAAAAGGUUAGGUUACAUGUGUGUAAACUACUGCACACCUUUCAUGACUUGGCAUCCAUCAUUGAGUAAUACAAUUCUCAUGUGCCCCCGGUGACCACUAUCAUUCUGUGUAAAUGAAUACGACUUUACGCGACGACCAUGUUUACACAUGUAUGUAUAUACCUGUGUAUAUAUAUAUAUAUAUAUAGACCUGUUUGGUGCUUCCCGCACAUCAUCACACAGACUAAACCUAAUUUACAAACCCAUUCAAACUAAUGGCUUCGUCUUCUCUACCUUUCUCUUCUCUUCAAUUGCAAUUUCCUUCCCAAACACCAUCAAAGCGUUCGUCCAAGGCCUCAACUCGUAGACUCGCUGUCCGUCCGAUCUCCGCUUCCAUAUCAGAGAAACCGUAUGUGCCGCCGCCGCCACCACCUCCGGCUACGGUGGCGCCGCCGGAGCCCACCAAAAAGCUUCCGAUCCGGAGAAUCCCAGGAAACUACGGCCUUCCAUUUGUGGGUCCCAUCAAAGACCGACUGGAUUACUUUUACAAUCAAGGCCGAAACGAGUACUUCAAGUCCCGAGUUCAGAAGUACCAAUCAACCGUGUACCGGGUCAACAUGCCACCCGGUCCGUUCAUUUCCUCCAACCCAAACGUCGUCGUCCUCCUCGACGGCAAGAGCUUUCCGGUUCUCUUCGACGUGACCAAGGUCGAGAAGAAGGACCUCUUCACUGGGACCUACAUGCCCUCCACUGAACUCACCGGCGGUUACCGAGUCCUCUCCUAUCUCGACCCGUCCGAGCCGAGUCACGGCAAGCUCAAGCGACUCAUGUUCUUCCUCUUGAAAUCUAGUCGCGAUAGGGUCAUACCGGAGUUUCACAACACCUUCACCGAGCUAUUCGAAACCCUAGAGAGUGGGCUAGCCACUGAUGGCAGAGCCGAUUUCGGCGGAGCUAACGAUCAAGCCUCCUUCAACUUCCUGGCUCGGUCUCUGUUCGGGACCAACCCUGCCGAUACCAAACUCGGAACCGACGGACCACAAUUGAUCAGCAAAUGGGUGUUGUUCCAACUCAGUCCUAUACUCGUCCUCGGCUUGCCGAAGCUUCUAGAAGAAGCUCUCCUCCACACCUUCCCUCUACCACCAUUCCUCAUCAAAAAGGACUACCAGAGACUCUACGACUUCUUCUACGACUCAUCGACUCCGAUUCUCGACGAGGCCGAGAGGCUCGGCGUUUCGAGAGACGAAGCUUGCCACAACCUCUUAUUCGCUACGUGCUUUAAUUCCUUCGGUGGCAUGAAACUCUUCUUCCCCAACAUGAUAAAAUGGAUCGGCCGAGCAGGGGUCAAACUGCACACCCAAUUGGCGGAGGAGAUCCGAUCGGCCGUCAGAUCCAACGGCGGAAAUGUGACGAUGGCCGCCAUGGAACAGAUGCCGUUGAUGCAGUCCGUCGUGUUCGAAGCGCUCCGGAUCGAACCGCCCGUACCGUUACAGUUCGGCCGGGCAAAACGCGACCUGGUGAUAGAGUCUCACGACGCUGCGUUUGAGGUCAAAGAAGGUGAAAUGCUAUUCGGGUUCCAACCGUUCGCGACGAAGGAUCCGAAGAUAUUCGACAGAGCCGAAGAAUUUGUCCCGGAUCGGUUCGUGGGUGAGGAAGGAGAGAGGCUGCUGAAGCACGUUCUAUGGUCAAACGGUCCCGAGACCGAGUCUCCCACGGCGGGGAACAAACAGUGUGCCGGAAAAGAUUUCGUGGUCUUGAUGUCGAGAUUGUUGGUGGUGGAAUUGUUCCUCCGUUACGAUUCGCUCGCGAUCGAGGUGGGUAAGUCGGCGUUAGGCGCUUCCGUUACGUUCACCUCUCUGAAGAGAGCCAGUUUCUGAUCAAAGUCAUUUGGGAGUGGAGGGGUAGUUUGGGAAAGUGGAGGGUGGGGGUAUCACGUGAAAUAGGCUCUGUCUGCUGUAAAAUAGUGGGUGACUGUUAGCUAAAACAGGAUAAAAAGAGAAUCUGGAAAGAUUAUGGGUUGAGUGGGGUGAGCCCCCCACACUAGUUUAGAGUUUGUGACUUUGUGAAAUGGAGAGAUGUAAGUGUAUAUCAUAUCCAUCUUUUGGUAUGUAUAUGAAUAUUUUAACUUUUUAAGCUAA